AAACCAAACACCCACCGAUGCACCCGUACCAAAGUGCACUCCGUUACUCGGUGCUAUGGCCAAGCAGUAUCGCUGCUUCGCCCAUCAUGUCCACUACAACCUGCAUCAGCAGCAGCGCAGUAGGACCACAGCGAUGACCACAGCGAUGACCAGUCGAGUCCACAAAGCAAGGAGAGACUCGCUCCUCCAACCCAGCAUAUCAGCCUGUCGGUUACAGCAACCACAGGUACAGCAUGGCCCAGUCCCACCGGGAUUCGUCAUGGUCAAGAAGAGCGAAUCAGGUGGCCACAAAGUUUCGGCUGAGAAGAGGCUCAGGCUCGCCCCACCUAACCUAGUGGGCGAACCAGACUCGCUGGGCCAUGGCAUGCCCAUCAAGCCCAUCCAGCCCAUCAAGCCCAUCCAGCCCAUCCAGCCCAUCCAGCCCAUCCAGCCCAUCAAGUGA